AUGGCGGAAGCGGAGAAGGAUGUAUCUGUGGAAGAGUCUACAGAUGAGUCUGAGGAAGAAGAAAGUGAAGAAGAGCCCAAACUGCGAUAUGAAAGGCUUUCCAAUGGGGUGACUGAAAUUCUACAGAAAGAUGCCGCCAGUUGCAUGACGGUACAUGAGAAGUUUCUGGCGCUGGGCACGCACUACGGCAAGGUCUAUUUGCUCGACGUCCAAGGAAAUAUCACUCAGAAGUUCGACAUCGUGCAGGUGUUUGGACUGUACUCUGGAGAGGAAUUUCAUGAGACCUUUGACUGUCCCAUCAAAAUCAUCGCGGUUCACCCCCAGUUUGUGAGGUCCCACUGCAAGCAGUUUGUAACUGGAGGAAAGAAGUUGGUGUUGUUUGAGAGAUCUUGGAUGAGCAGAUGGAAGUCUUCCGUUUUGCAUGAAGGAGAAGGCAACAUAAGAAACGUAAAAUGGAGGGGAAAUCUAAUCGCCUGGGCCAAUAACAUGGGUGUAAAGAUCCUUGACAUCAUAUCAAAGCAGAGGAUCACCAACGUGCCCCGAGAUGACAUCAGCCUCCGCCCAGAUAUGUACCCUUGCAGCCUCUGCUGGAAAGAUAACGUCACCCUCAUCAUUGGCUGGGGCUCUUCUGUCAAGAUCUGUUCGGUGAAGGAGCGGCACGCCAGUGAAAUACGAGACUUGCCCAACCGCUAUGUUGAAAUAGUUUCUCAGUUCGACAUGGAAUUCUACAUCAGUGGGCUCGCGCCUCUCUGCGACCAGCUCGUGGUGCUUUCCUAUGUCAAGGAGACCUCGGACAAAAUGGAGAGGGAAUACUGUGCCCGGCCAAGACUGGACAUUAUUCAGCCCCUUCCCGAGACCUGUGAAGAGAUCUCUUCGGACGCCCUCACAGUGAGAGGUUUUCAGGAGAAUGAGUGUCGAGACUACCACCUGGAGUAUUCCGAAGGCGAAUCGCUCUUUUAUAUCGUCAGUCCCAGGGAUGUUGUUGUGGCCAAGGAACGGGACCAAGAUGACCACAUCGACUGGCUCCUUGAAAAGAAAAAAUAUGAAGAAGCUCUGCUGGCUGCCGAAAUUAGCCAAAGGAAUAUUAAAAGGCACAAGAUUCUGGACAUAGGCCUGGCCUACAUAAGUCACCUGGUGGAGAAAGGAGAGCACGACAUGGCAGCCCGCAAAUGUCAGAAAGUUCUUGGGAAAAAUGCAGCUCUCUGGGAAUAUGAAGUUUACAAAUUUAAAGAAAUUGGACAGCUUAAGGCGAUCAGCCCGUAUUUGCCGAGGGGGGAUCCCGUCCUGAAGCCUCUCAUCUAUGAAAUGAUCCUCCACGAGUUUUUGGAGAGUGACUACGAGGGCUUUGCGACGCUGAUCCGAGAGUGGCCCGGGGACCUCUACAACAACUCGGUCAUCGUCCAGGCUGUCCGGGACCACCUCAAGAAGGACCCCCACAACACGACGUUGCUCCGGACACUGGCCGAGCUGUACACGUACGACAAGAGCUACGGCCAGGCGCUGCAGAUCUACCUGACGCUGCGCCACAAGGACGUCUUCCAGCUCAUCCACAAGCACGAUCUCUUCAGCGCCAUCCAGGAUAAGAUUGUGCUGCUCAUGGACUUCGAUUCCGAGAAAGCCGUGGACAUGCUUCUGGACAACGAAGACAAGAUUUCCAUAAAAAAAGUCGUGGAAGAACUGGAAGACAGGCCUGAGCUGCAGCAUGUGUAUUUGCACAAACUUUUCAAAAGAGAUCAUCACAAGGGCCAGCGCUUCCAUGAGAAGCAGAUCAGCCUGUAUGCCGAGUACGAUCGCCCCAACCUGCUCCCGUUUCUCCGAGACAGCACCCACUGCCCCCUGGAGAAGAGCGCCACGAACACCGCCCUGGACUGGCUCGCCUCCACCCUGUCUGACUGCCGCUUCUCGGAUUCUUUGGUGGGAUCUUCCCAUCGUGCCUAUUAA